AUGUCUUCGACGUCGGUGCCGUUAUGCUCUUCCACGAGCGGCGAUUCACAACUAAAACCGACCAUGUUUGAGAAAAUGGCGUCCAUCCAGGAGGAGAUUGCUCAAAUUGAUAGUCGCCUGAGGUCACUGCGGGCCGCGGAAAGCGUCACCGAUGCACCGCUAACAUCGGACGUGGGGGAUGAUGUGGAAGCUCCCGUUGUACACAUGCUCUCGGUUGAACUCUGCCAACUAGCUGCAUCAGGAGACACUGUCGGUGUGCGGAUUCUUCUCAAUUGCGGCGCUGACUGCGACUCCAGGGACUAUGACGAGAGGACACCACUUCACAUUGCCAGCGCGCAAGGGCACGUGCAGGUGGUUCGUCUGUUGCUCAGCUUUGGUGCCGACGAUACAUUAACUGACAAUGAUGACAAGACCGCUCUGCAGCUGGCGGAGGAGAACGACCGGAGUGAGGUGGUGCAGCUGCUUCUUGCCCACAGCACUGCCCGGCAUGAGGUGGAUCUCGGCGGCAGGGCUGAUGUAUUUUCGAUGGAUAGUCCCUUCACACCCUACCACCCCGACUUUUCGCAGUUACCACAGCCAAUGAUGGGGAGUCUCAUUGUCAUCAUGGUGGGACUCUCUGGUCGUGGCAAAACGUAUAUUGCACGACAGAUCCAGCGUUAUUUUCAGUGGAACGGUCUUCAGAGCAAAAUCUUUACGUAUUCAGAUUAUAGGCGCAAACUUGUACCAGGUGACAUUCCGUACAGUACUUUGAUGGAGCCGGAAUUGGAGUCCCGUGUGGCAACUGACAUUGCGCACGAUAUGGUGCAGUACAUUGCGCAAACAGACAGUGUGGCGGUAAUGGAUGGCACGAACUGCGCACCGUUGCGCCGCCUUGCGCUGAUACACGCUAUCCAGGAGACAGGCCUCAUCCGACCGAACCGUGUUGUCUUUGUGGAAGUGAUUAAUAAUGAUGCUGAGCAGGUGCAGCAGAACGUGAAUCGUAUGAAGGAAAUGUACCCAGACACCCCAGACACCUUCGUUGAGGAAUUCUACGCUAGGAUAGAACAGCAAAAGGAGACGUACAGGUCGCUAAACCCAGAUGACGACACGGACCUUACGUAUAUCUGUGUUGGAGAACAAACUAUUUACUCGCUUAACAAUGUUUUUGGCUGGAUGCCGUCUCGGCUGGCGUACUUGUUGCACAAUCUAAGUCACGCACCUGCCAACCUCUACCUCACGCGCGCAGGAGAAUAUGUUGACUUGGUUGCCGGCCGUAUCGGCGGUAACUCGCACUUGACAGAGCGUGGCAAAGCGUACAGCGAGGCACUCUUCAAUUACUUCCAGAAGGAGCUGCAGAUGAAUCCAUUUAUUAUUAUGAGUAGCUGUGCCCUUCGCUGCACGGAGACAGUGCAGCUCUUUGAGGAGCGGGGCGUGCCGCAGCAACAAGACGCCUCUUCAGAGACGGCGGAGGGUGAGGGGCCAGCGCUGAACUGCCGUGUAGCGUACCUCCCCACACUCGACAACAUCAACCACGGAGACUGUGACGGGCAGCUUCUCUCCGAUGUGCGCAAGACGAUGCCGAGCACAUUGAAGCAAAUGCAGGCCGACCCUUACUACACGGCGUGGCCAAAUGGUGAGUGUACGCACCAGAUGUUCAACGCACGCCUUGAGCCGCACAUCCAUGACAUCCAGGCCAGCGCCGAUCCCGUCCUCGUCGUGUCGCAUCUUCAGCUUCUGCAGGGUCUCUACUCAUACUUUGUGCCGGAGGAAGACAAUUUUGUCGCACCACAGAACGCGUACGAGAUCGAUAUCCCCUUCGAAUGUGUCAUAAAGAUACGGCUAGUUGGCGUCAACCGUGUGGCGGAGACGAUUGACCUGUCGAAGCAAGUGGACGAGAUCGCCUUGCGCCGGACCGGGAAUGCGUCCAAGGCGCCGCAGCUGACGGGCAUGAACUACUUCCGGAAGCUUUUGAAGAAAUGA